AAACAAAACUUUACCAAUUCUGAUACUAAGUUUACGACCAUGCCCGUCUCGGGUCUCAAUCUUAAAUUGACCAUGGCUUCUCCCUUCAGCACCAACCCUUACAAACUGGUGCGCCACAUCACCACCGCCGCUCCCCCACCACCACCAAUCCCGUACACCCGCACUAACUGGUGGAGGAUAACACCCUGCGCCCAUUCCCCCUUCGCGGCGCACGUUAGCUCCCUCCCUAAUUAUAAUAAAAACCUACCCGUCCUUUUUACUAUGAUUCGUGGCAGCAAAACUUGCUUCUCUUCUACUCCCACUCCCUCCUCGUCCCCUUUUAAUAAAGCCGGCUUUUCCGGGUCCAAUCUAAAUCCCAUUCCUCCUUCCGGGUCGGAUAUUGUCACUGACAUGGAUCCGGAUAAUGAGAAGACCGUUAAUGGUGGUGAUUGGUACGGUAAUACAACGCCGUCACCGUCAAUGCCGCAUCAACAACAACAACAACAACCACCACCGUCUUCUAAGGUGCUCACUUUACCUACUAUCUUAACGCUCGGUCGCGUUGCCGCCGUGCCGCUCCUCAUUGGCACCUUCUAUGUGGAUAGUUGGUGGGGAAGGACUGCAACGACCAGUAUUUUUAUUGCUGCUGCAAUCACAGAUUGGCUUGAUGGUUACCUUGCUCGCAAGAUGAGGUUGGGCUCUACUUUUGGUGCUUUUUUGGAUCCAGUAGCUGAUAAGCUUAUGGUUGCUGCAACAUUGGUCUUAUUGUGUACGAGACCUUUGGAAAUAUCAGCGUUUGGGCAAGUGCCGUGGCUACUGCCUGUACCUUCAAUUGCAAUAAUUGGUAGAGAGAUAACCAUGUCUGCAGUUAGAGAAUGGGCUGCUUCUCAGAAUGCUAAGCUUUUAGAGGCUGUUGCGGUAAAUAAUCUGGGCAAGUGGAAAACUGCAACACAGAUGAUUGCACUGAUCAUCCUCCUAGCUACUCGAGAUAGCAGUCUUGGAGGGCCAUGGUAUCUAGUAGGUUCUGGUGUUGCUUUGCUUUAUCUCUCAGCGGGGCUUUCCUUAUGGUCUUUAGCCGUGUAUAUGGGGAAGAUAUCAAAAGUGUUGCUCAAGUAGUUUCAGUUGACCCCUGCUUUAUGCUAGCUAACAUGAACCCCCUUGCCUGGGUUUGUGCAGAGGUGCUGCCGUAUUUCUCAAACCUUUUCUAUUAUUAUCUUCAGACAUUGAAGCAGGGUUCUUCAGAUAAGCAUCAAGGGAAAGAAGUUCUUUCCCAGAGUUUGUGCAUAUAUAAGUUACUUUAAAGUGCAGAAUAUAGUUCGAAAUCUAAAAAAAUCCCCAUUUUUGAGGAGUGUAAUGAUGUAGAUUUGAAAACAAGAUUUUUCCCAUCUCCAAUUUCAUGUUCUUGCUCUGACCCAAUGGGGGGUUUCAGCUUUGGAGACAAUUCGAGAGCAUACUGGGCAAUCAAGUGAUUGGAUUCUGCCGGAAACACGUUUGUAGUCGGUAAUUUUACUGAAAUGCAGCCUUGGAGUUGAAAGAAUAUGUUCUAGUUGAAUUUAUGAAGUGAAACAUAAAUUGGGCGAUAAAUCUAACAAUUUUAGAUUAUCUUUUUCAGAUAUUAUCCGGAGUUUGACCCAAUACACAAUUGAGGCUGAUUGUGAUUUUAUAAACUUCAUUUCUUAUUGUAUUUCUUAAUCACAUGCUUCCUGAUUAGUAAAGGAACUUCUAGAUGAGUUUUACAAUUGAGAUUCAUGUAUCUUUCUGUUGCUAGUUUAUUGAAUUGUGACAUGUAUCAGU